AUGACAGCGCAAUUUAUCAAACCAAGACCAACGAACAUUGAGUCGUCCCCAGCUCGACCCACAAGCUUAUACGUAACCCCGCCCCUUGAAAUACUAGACGACGAAUAUGCAGAAGACCCCAGAUUGGAACAGUACCUGAACAGCACUUUGACCCCACUAAGUUCUAUAAAGUCAAAUUCCACAUUCAAACAAGACCACCAACGGCACAUAAGUGAGCAAUGCGUCACUAGAGCACUCCCUCUGUUAAGUAUAUCUACACCACCAAUCACUCCUAAUGACGAUGAUGAUUUGAGUUUCUUCAAGCCGCCACCACCCCCAAAAGUUAAUGACCAGGGUCUUUAUCUACAGCCUGGCGGUCAUGGGCCCACUUCAGAAUUCUCGUUACCAUCGUCAACACCGUCACCAUCGUUGAGUACGUCAAAGAGAAUAUUGUCAUCACCUGCCCGAUUGAUGAAGCGUCUCUCUGUUAGAUUUAGAAGCACAUCAGAUGUCAGUUUAGGAAAGAAAGAUUCAGACAUGAAGAUGAAAUCCAACACAAGCAUCGUUUCUCCAGCACAAGACUCUUGUUUGUUUGAUUCAAGACCAAGCUCGUAUGAACAAAACUCUUUAUCUUUGAAGGUAGACCCGGAACUCAACAGUUUCGAUUCAAUCAGAGUGAAAAUUCCGAGAGGUCAGAUCGAGGAUAGCCAAAGUCCCGUAAAGUCAACCCCAAGCAUAGUCAAUGAAUUAGGUUCACCACUAGGUAAGGAAGCUUCAAGAGCAACACGCACUGAGAUGCAAUUGGCACAAUCUACACCUUCACUGAGCCCUAUUAAUCGAAGAAGUACUUUUGUACUAGAAAGACUUGAUCAACCAACGAAUCUGCGCAAGUUUGAUCGAAACAUCUCCACUAGACAAAGCUCAGAAGUUCGCAAUAUUACAACCAACAAGCGUAUGAGUCUAGACAGCGAGUCGGACAUGUUUCGAACUCCACCACAGUACCGAAAGUUGGUAAGACCAGAAAGCUCCUUGCUAGUUCCAUUGCUGCCACCAAGUCGAAGAGAGUCUUUGGGCCACUCUUUAAACAGCGUCCAAACGGUUUUCGAUAGCCCAUUGCCAAGGUCACGGAUUAGCUGUUCACCGGUUGAAUCUAAUCCGUAUCUCAGACUCAACAUUUUUCUUGAGGAUUCACAGUCAACACCUCCCCCAAAAGCUGGCACCGGUGUGACCGACACAUCGAUCAUGCCACUGCCAGACAAUUACGACUUCAUUGCCAUUAGACUUCGAAAAGAUAGGCUACAGAAUAUAAAUGAGUUGGUCAAUGUGAUUCUAUUCAAGAUUAUGAACAAGAAACCAAACGUUAAAGUCAACGACGUCAAUUUAAGCAUUUUUUUCAAAGACCUGCAAUUGAAACCGAUAUCGUUGAAAGAGCCUGUCGGGAAGAGAAGUAGCACGAGCAGUGUAAAGGGGGUGCUAUUGGAUAACGAUGGCUUGUUGUUGGAUUAUGUUCAAUUAAAGAGAAAAUUGUAUAUCAGAGCGCAAUUUUGA